AGCGGCGCAGCUGUUCCGUGGGUGCUAAAUGUUUUUAGCCGUGUGGAGGGACUCCUGAAGAGCAGGAAGAAUGGCAGACGAAGCCCCGUUCCAGCUCCUACACAGCGAGCUGAUUCACUACAUUUACAAGUCAGCUGACGGAGAGGCGGAGAAUGGGAGAAAUAUCACCAAACUGGAGAACAUGGGGUUCCGAGUGGGACAAGGCUUGAUAGAGAGACUGACUAAAGACACGGCCCGCUUUAAGGAUGAGCUGGACAUCAUGAAGUUUGUAUGUAAAGACUUCUGGACCUGCGUAUUCAAGAAGCAGAUUGACAACCUUAGAACCAAUCACCAGGGCAUCUAUGUUCUGCAGGACAAUAAGUUCAGAUUUCUGAGUCAUCUGUCAGUGGGAAAACAGUACCUGGAUCACGCCCCAAAGUAUCUGGCCUUCACAUGUGGUUUGGUGAGAGGAGGUCUGUCCGGUCUGGGAGUGAAGAGUAUUGUCACUGCUGAGGUGUCCGUCAUGCCUUCGUGUAAAUUCCAGGUCAUGAUCCAGAAAAUGUAGGACCAGCAGAGGUUACUCAUCAAGCAGCACUCUUCCCUGGUGUCACGUUGCCUUGAAUAUUUGUUAGAAAGGGAAAUAUCACGAAUACUAAUAAGUAAAACUUUAUCUUGACACUUGAGGGAUCACAGUGGGAUUAGCAGGCUGUGGAUGUGCCACACUCACAUUGUCAUGUGUGUAAAAAUACUGUCCGAUAACAUUACCAUUAUUUCUGCUAACAGAUGCAUAAUACUGUAAUCUCUUUGAGGUAGUCUGUGCUGCUAAAUGAACGUUUGGCUUAAUGGGAGCGCUUUGGCACCACCUGGUGGUACAAAGUGUACUGCACGUGUGGUCUGAUCGCUAUAAAAACUAAAAACAGGCUUCACAAAUUAUUAGACCACCUGUCAUAAAAACAGGAAAACAGAAAUAUUUUUGGAAAUUUGGCAAAAAUGUUUUUAAAAUUAAAAAUUAUAUUGUUAUUGAUUUAUUAAGCAAAUUAAUUCACAUUUUAUACUCAAAUUUAAGCCAGGCACUAGAAGUCAUUUUUCUGUGAAGGAAUGCAAAUAAAUAACUAAUUUGGUGUUUUAAUCAAAAAAUAAUGUGCUUUACUUUUUUCCAGCCUUAUUGUAAAACAGAAAAUUCAUGGAUAACAAUGAUAUUUUAGCAUUAAAAAUAUAAUUUUGAUUAAAGAGCUUGCACAGACUGAUGAAUUAACCUUUAGAGAAGCAUAAAAAAUGAUUUAGGUAAUUAUUAAUGCUGUUAAUUUAGGGCAGCUGUGGCAUAAAUGUCACAGUGGGUGGUGGGCUAAUAAAUCUGUUAAUAACUCGUCUGUUGUUCCAGCCCUGCCUGUGAAGCUGUCAAAAAUAACAAAAAUAAACAGCAGAUUAUUGGAGGACACGUGCCCCCCCCCCAUCAGCUCCCCAAACACUGCUCUUUGAAAACCCCGUGCUCAGAAAACUUUGGCUGCGUCCACACAAACAUUUUUCAAAAAUGUGGAUUUGUCCAAGUUUGUGCUGAAAAAUAUCUCCGUCCCAGCAGCAGGUGGCGCUAUAACCCUAACAGUCAAAACAGUCAAAAGCAGACAAACAGUAACACAACGCAGUGACGCUGUGAAACAAAAUCUGUUUUCCCAGAAAUCUCCAAAAUGCCGUUUACAUGCUGACAAAGAAAAUGUUGCGUUUACCAAAGUCCCCGUGCCUGUGUCGAUACAUCCUCAGAAGAAGAGAAAGUGUGUGUGUGUCUUUAUUUAAAGGCUGACCUCAGUGUAACCAAAUACAAGCCAAUGAAUGAGGAUGUUUGCAGUGCAGUUUGCUGCAGGGCAGCAGUCCUGUGAACACGUGGAAAUGAUACAGCAUAAGUGUACUUUAUGUCCUGCCCUUCAGGUUGCAAUAAAUUUCAGUGUGAAAACCUCUGAGUCUCUCACUGGGUUGUUCACUGUUCUGCCAAACGUGUCAGUCAGGAUCAGACCACCACAUCCAAG